CUGCACUUCCGAGAAUGGCUUACUGCCGCCGGAGAACCCUCACUUCUAACUACAACCUUCUCUCCCGCCGUCUAACUCCCUCCUUUGCCCACAUCCGCCGGGACGAUCACGAACGCAACGAGCUUCCAAACCGCGUUCCUUUCCCCACUAUCCCAUUCCUCCGGAGCGGCCACGCUUCCGCGUUUCCAUCACCAGUUUUCCCAUUCCGCGGCAGUAGAGAUCUCGGAUUCUCUCUUCCUCUGGGACUCAGUCCGUGCCACCUCCGGAGCUACUCCUCUAGCAACGAACCGUCCAGCGAGACCGACGGCGUCGAUGAUGUCGCAGUGGUUUUGUCGGACAGCAGCGUAGAAAUUGCUUCCGCAGCCGCUGUGUUGCCUCCGGUUCCUGUGCCUGGUGAGGUGGCUGCUGCAGCUGCUGACUCGUUCCUCCCGGUGGCGGCUCUUCAGCAUUUGAUCGAUGCAGUCCAUAGUUUUAGCGGUCUGAACUGGUGGGCUGCUAUUGUUUUGACAACUGUAUUAAUUAGAGUGGCGACCAUCCCACUUAUAUUGAAUCAAAUGAAAUCCACCGUGAAGCUUAAUAUGAUGAGGCCAGAAAUAGAUCAAAUUAAAGAACAGAUGAAUCCAAUGGAUCCUCAAUCCGUGCAGGAGGGGCAACAACAAAUGAAGGCAUUGUUCCUCAAGUAUGGUGUCACUCCGUUCACACCAUUGAAGGGGCUUUUUAUCCAAGGGCCUAUUUUCAUCAGUUUCUUUUUAGCUAUCUCAAACAUGGUUGAGAAAGUUCCAUCUUUUAAAGGAGGCGGUGCUUUUUGGUUUACUGAUUUGACGACUCCUGAUCCCCAGUACAUGCUUCCAGUACUAGCAGCACUAACCUUUCUAGCAACUGUAGAGCUUAACAUGCAAGAAGGAAUGGAAGGAAAUCCGAUGUUGAAUACUAUGAAAAACUUCUCCAGAGUUAUUGCUCUUAUGACUGUCCCAUUUACAGCCCAUUUUCCGAAGGCUAUUUUCUGUUACUGGAUAACAUCCAACCUUUUCUCGCUUGCACAUGGCUUUGCCAUGAGACAACCCCCAGUCAGGAAGUUUUUGAAGCUACCUGAUUUAGCUUCUCAACCAGCUCCUGCUGCUCAGCCAGAUUUCUCUACUUUUGGUGGAUCGAAGCCAAUGGCACCAACUGCCCCUCCACUACCAGCUAAAGAAUCCGAACAAUCUAACACGCCUGGGAAGAGGCUAUCGACAUCAACUCUUAUCAGCCUGCGGAUUAGGAGCCUAGAAAAGGCUAUGAAAGCUAGAAAUCGACUGAAGAAAAGGAGAAAUUCCUAGUGUUCAAGCGAUACGAUUAUGGGCUAUACAUAGGGAAAUUUACUUUUACUGAGUACUAAAAUUUUUUGGAAAAUAAGGUGGGUGGUGCCCAAUCGGCGGUGAGUAACAAGAUUUUAGAUGUAUUUUUGUUAGCCAAGUCAGUAAUAUCAAAACUGUGAUAUAGACACCGACAUUGUGGUAUAAUCUUCUCCUGUAAAAUUUAUCUCGAAUGGAACAUUUUCAUC